CAACGACUAUACGCCCUGCCGCCAUCACACUCGACUGCAAUCGCUUCCGUUGAAAUAUUCAUCCUUGAUCUGUCUUUCACUGCGCACAUACACCUCAUUACUCCGGAUGAACGCGCCUCGCAGCCCCCAACGGACCACACAGCUACGUUCACGAUAGCAACAUGCCGCCCGCCGUGUCGCGCUUCCAGGCCCAGGCCAACCCUUUCUCUCACCUCUCGAACCACCAGCUACAUCCGCAGCAACACCUCCAACAGCACCAACAAAAUCUCGGUCAUCCAGGCUUUGGGGGGGCAGCUGGCCAAGCUCACAACAUCAACCUCUUCGGACCCACACAAAACAAUUUCCCCGGUGCCAAUCCGGGCCUAGGAGGGGCACUCGGCGCAGGUGGACUAGGUGGUGCUGGAGGUUUAGGAGGUGGAGGAACUGGACUGGCGAGCCAUGCAGCACAGAUGGGCUUCGCGCAUGGCGCGCAGCUACAACAAGAGGCGGCUAUGGGAAGAGCACAGGAUGGAGGCAAGGGCAUCAACCAGCGGAUAAGAGAGGUGUGGAAGGGGAAUCUAGCGCAGGAGAUGAAGAUUCUGAGGGCUCUAGUGGAACGGUAUCCAUAUAUCAGCAUGGACACCGAGUUCCCGGGUGUAGUCGCACGACCCAUGGGCGACUUUCACACAAAAGCAUCCUACCACUAUCAGACAGUCCGCUGCAAUGUCGACCUUCUCAAGAUAAUACAACUCGGCAUAACACUAUUCUCCGUCAACGGCGAUCUACCCCCGAACCAGCUCGAGUCCUCUGCAAUCGAGUCUCCUAGUCGACCACAAUACGCAAACAAUCUGAUCAUGUGCCCAUGCACAUGGACCUUCAACUUCCAAUUUUCACUUGAGAACGACAUGUACAACGAAGAGUCUAUUCAGAUUCUCAAGAAGAGCGGGGCAGAUUUCGAAAAGCAUGCGAAGGAUGGUAUUGACCCGCAAGAGUUUGGCUCGCUGCUGUUAACAUCAGGCCUCAUCCUUGAUACAGACGUGAACUGGAUAUCCUUCCACUCUGGCUACGAUUUCGCAUAUCUUGUCAAGAUGCUCUGGUGUCAGCAACUGCCCGCGGACGAAGACAGCUACCGUCACCUCGUCAAUCUCUUCUUCCCCAAUGUUCUCGAUGUCAAGUUUCUAUGGCGCCAUGCCAACAAGAUGAUGAACAAAGGCGUUAUUGGUAGCCAAGCAGCGACUAUCCUUCAAAAUCUCGGCCAGAAAUCGGGCCUCCAAGAUCUCGCCGACGAGCUAGGUUGCCAGAGGGUAGGCACGCAGCACUCUGCCGGAUCCGAUGCCUGGCUCACUGGUAGUGUCUUCUGGGAGCUUCGCAAGAAGGUCUUUGACGGCAACCUCCCAGAGGACAUGAACGGGCAGAUGUGGGGUCUCACCGGCGUCGCUCCCCCUGCAUCAGCAGCAACUCAAGCGGCGGCGCUGGCGGCAGGCGGAGCCGCAUAUCAGCAAGGAAUGAACGGACAAGGUAUGAUGAGCUUCCACACCGGCGGCACGCCCGGCACACAUCGCGGCGACGGACCCAGUACACCAACAACAAAUCCCGCUGGGCUGGCUGGCACACCGGGUCCGCAUGGAGGGCUGAUGACGCCGGGCGGUGGUUUCGGGAACUUCACAUACGGCGGCAAGUAAGGUCUGGACGGGGUUGCAAAAGCAACACGACUGUAUUUGUGCGCAGGGCAUUUUGAUUGGCCAAUGCUUUUGGCGGAUUCUAUCUGGAGUUUACGGCGACUGCGGCGAAUCGGUUCUUGAUAUGAACCUAGGCUUUCUUACCUGGCCUGAAUCAUAGCUUAGCGAGUCGGACUGCGUUUCGGCGUGGUAGGACGUGUAGGUAGGAUCGAAUGAGCAGCAGUGAGGCUUGUCCUCGUUCGCUGGACCUUAUCUUUC